GUAAAAUAUUAAUUAUGGAAGAUUAAUGUGAUUAGUAUCAGAAUUAAUUUUUUAAAGUUAUUCCUACGUCUAAAAUAGACAAUUUUAAACAAAUGAUUCUCACAUGUCGGCACAAUCUUCACUGAGAGAGAAAUUUAAACGCCUCCUGCAUCUAAAGCACAGUAUUUGGAUAUGCAUACCCCCUGUUUCGAGAGAAUAACACACAAUCCGAGAGAGAGAAAAAUGAGAAACAAGCAAGUGACGCAAAAUCCUACAGUAAGAAAAAAUCUUCAGUCUUUUUCCAAAUUUGAUGUGUUGUGGAAGUUCUUCUGUGAAAUAAUGGAUAUAAAAAAUCGAUAAUGAACUGAAAAAAAAAAUCUCAAAAAAGAAAAAUCAUUUCAAAUUAAAUAUGCUUAAAAAGUCAUCAAAAACUGUCUAAAGUCUGUUUGUUAAAUAUGUUUUAAGCCGUAGAUAAUUAAAGUCCGUCAGUUCUCGCGUGUUUUAUUCAAUUUAAGGUGGAUAGGAAAAUUUUUCAUCCCCCAUGGAUUUUUUUUUGUGAAAAAUUUCUUUUAUAUGUUGAAAAUUCCUUGAGAGAACCACAAAAAGGAGAAGCUACAAAAUAGUGAUAAAGUGUUAUUAAAAAAAAAAUUAAAGAUAUAUAUUUUUUUGUGUGCUUCAUUUUUCGUUAAAAAUAAAGAAGAAAAGAGUUCGUACAUUUGCUCUGGUAAAGGAAAUAAGUGGAUGUGAGAAGAAAAAGAGUGUAAAAUUAAUAAAAAGAAGCAAAAAACUGUGUUGUUAUAAAUAUUGAAGAAGUAGAAAAAGUGCAAAAUAAUAAAUUUAUAAUAUAAAAAUAACAUAGUGAAAUAAAAAUUGUUCUCUGGGUCAAUUUGAAGUGAGAAGCAGCUACAGAAUAGUGAGAAAGAAUAAUAAUAAAAAUCCAUUAUUGGCAAUCGAAAAUCAUCAUCAAAUAAUUAUUGAGCCAAAAAUUGGAUUACUCUUUAUUUUUCAUCCGCACAUAACUUUUUUACCCAACGAUUUCGGACUAUUCGGAAUCAGACGGCGAUUACAACAAGUACUUUCAUCAGGCCUGGUUAUGAAAUGAAUAUAACUCGACUUCAUGCAAAGAUGAAAGCCAAACCGCAUUGGUGGUAUUUCUUAGUAAUAUUAGCAACAAUAGCUUUGAAGAAUGUAUCAGCCAAACAAGUUUUUCGAUCGCUUCCGAAAAAUCUUCAAGUGCUCGAAGGGUCUGAGGCGCUUCUACAAUGUGAAAUUUCAAAUUUAGUCGGAAACGUGCAAUGGGUGAAGGAUGGCUUCGCAUUGGGAUUUGCAGAGAAAAUCCCGGGUCAUUCAAGAUAUUCAAUGAUCGGUGAUCGUAAUCGAGGCGUUUUUAAUCUUCGCAUUGUAAAUGCUUCAAUUGAUGAUGAUGCUGUAUAUCAGUGUCAAGUUGGACCUGCGAAGAAUUCUGAUCCAAUUCGAGCAUUCGCAAAUUUAACAGUCAUUUCACCUCCAUCGUCCAUCGAAAUAGAAGCAUCAUCACAUGGCGUGCCCAUCAUAAAACAAAAUAAUAAAGUAGAUGUAAAAGAAAAUCAAGACUUAAUGCUGUCGUGUAUAAUUGCGGAUAGCAAACCGGCAGCUGAAAUAAAGUGGUACAGAGGGAAUGUUGAGUUAAAAUCAACAGACAAUCGUCACGACGAUGUCAUAGAAUUGGACAAUAAACGAUUUACAGUCUCAUCGAAUUUGACGAUUAAAGCAUCUGCCAACGAUGAUCUUGUUGAUUAUAAAUGUCGCGCUAAGCAUUUAGCGAUAUCACCAGAUCAUCCACUACAAUCAAUAGUACAAGUAUCAGUAUUAAAAGCUCCUGGCGAGCCUUUCAUUGAAGGUUACAGCAAAGGUGAGAAGCUUAGGAAUGGUCAGGAGAUGGAAUUAGUGUGUAGAUCGUAUAGUGGAAAUCCUCCAGCACAAUUAAUAUGGUACAAAAAUAAUCGUCAAGUUGUGAGCAUUUAUACGACAUCGGGACGAGAUUCAGCUAGCACUUAUCGCUUCAAAGUACAACCAGGCGACAAUAAGGCGCGUUUGCGAUGUGAAGCAAGCAAUACAAUCUCAGAUAGGCCACUGAAGAAAGAGAUUGAUUUAACAGUUCUCUUUUCACCAUCACAAGUCACAAUAUCUGGUCCAACAGAGGCUCGUCACGGCGAUGUUGUAAAUUUCCAAUGUCUUACAGCGCCAUCACAUCCACCAGCUGAAAUUCGAUGGACAAUUGAUGGUCGACAAAGGAAAUCAAAUUCGUCAAAGACUGAGACAAGCAACGAAGGUGGAUGGACUACCUCAUCAAAUAUGUCGAUAACGAUUGAAUCCAAUAAACGUUCAAUUUCAUUAUUAUGUCAAGGAAUCAAUAUGCAACUUGCAGAUAAUGUAAUGACAACACAUACACUUCAUGUUCUAUAUCCGCCAUCAACGCCAAUAAUUUCAGGUUAUACAGAGGGAUCUGUAAUUCCAGCAGGUUCUACACAAAAGCUUCUAUGUAUGUCUUCCGGUGGAAAUCCAACACCUACGUUAACGUGGUUUAAGAAUGACAAAAAGAUUAAUUCUCAGACGAAAAAUAUCAAUUCGAACGCUGUGCAAUCUGAAUUGAAUAUUAUUGCCAACAUUACCGACAAUCAAGCAAUUUAUCGAUGUGAAGCUCAAAAUAGUGCAACGGAUGUGCCGCUAUUCGAUAAAAAGACACUUAGCGUUCAUUUUUUGCCAGAGACUCUCAAAAUUCGUGUGGAACCAGCAGCGUUGACAAGUGGCACGGAAGCAACACUUUAUUGUGACUCGAGCUCAUCAAAUCCACCAGUUCGAUUAAAUUGGUACAAAGAUGGCAUUCCUUUAAUGAGCGAUGGAAGUGUAUCACAUCAGAAUGGUUUGUGGGGCGGAAAAAUUUCAUCAACUCAAGUAAAGUUGAAUAUAACACAAGAUAUGAAUGGUGUGAAAAUUGCUUGUCAAGGAACAAACGAAGCUCUUAUGCGGAGUAUUAAUGAAGCCAUUGAAUUACAAGUUUUGUUUCCACCAAAAUUUACUCCACUACCAUCCACAACUGCUGUUGGAAUUGAGGAUGAAUCUUUGAUAAUUAAUCUUAUGGCCAAUGGAAAUCCAACAAAUAUUCAAUAUACGUGGACAAAGGAAGGCUCUCCGCUUGAGGAUCAUGACAACCAACGAAUCGUCAUCGAUGGGCCUACAUUGAAUUUCACUAAAUUGGCACGUGAUGACAGUGGAUUGUAUACGUGCGAGGCUUUAAAUUCCCAAGGCUCUGCCGUGAUCAACAUUUCUGUUGUUGUUGAAUAUGGUGCAACAAUUGAAUCCAUUUCUGAUAAUGUUGUUGUGAAUCCUGGCGAUGAGGCGAAAUUGGCAUGUUCUGUAAAAGGAAAUCCAUUAAACGAGAAUCACAUUCGUUGGGAACGAGUGGAUUAUGAGAUGAGUGCAAAGACGAAAGUAAGAUAUGAGAAUGGAACAAGCUUUUUGCAUAUUUCGAAUGCACAACGUGACGAUAUCGGACAUUUCCGAUGCAUUGCUGAUAAUCGUGUGGCCAAUCCUGUUAGCCGUGAUGCUCUAUUGAUUGUAAAAUUUCUUCCUGAGAUUGAUAAAUCACCAACGAUGCUUCGUGCAGCCAGCGAAAAGAAUGAGAAGGGACGUCUGGUUUGUAGAGUUCAAGCAGCACCAAAACCAUCAUUUACAUGGUCACGUUCACAAAAGACAUUAAAUAAUACACAAAAUGGUGGAAAAUAUUUCAUUGAAAGUCGACAAAUUGAUCCAUUAACAUACGAAUCAGUUCUAUUGGUCGAUAAGGUAGAAACAAACGAUUAUGGAUUGUAUGAAUGCAGAGCAGACAAUGAACUUGGUUCGAGUCGUGAAAAUAUCCGCUUAGAUGUCACAUCCAAACCUGAUCCACCACUUAGCUUAAAUGUGUUAAACACAACGCACGAUUCUGUUUCAUUGGCUUGGACGCCUGGAUUUGAUGGUGGUUUAAAAACCACAUAUCAAUUGCGUUAUCGAGAAGCAAGCUCAUCCGCUUAUAGAUAUGUAGACAGUCUACCCAAUGUUUACAGAUUGGAUAUUGAAGGCCUCAAACCGAAUAUUGUAUAUUUGUUCUCAAUCAUGGCAAUGAACAAUUUGGGCAAUAGUGGAUGGUUGCCGGAUACGACAAAAGCACAGACGAAAGGCUACGAACCGAUUCAAACACAUUUAAAGGACGAAGAUGCACUUCCAAAACUUCUUGUCGUUGGUAUUGCAUUGAUCGGACUUGGACUGUUAAUUGCUAAUACAGCACUUGUUGCCUGGUUUAUCAUUCGAAAACGAAUUAAAGAGCCCACGAACGCAGCAAACAGCAAAUCAGCAGCCAUUGAGAUGUAUGCACCAAGCAGCUACAACGAUACCGUAACUGGUGAAACAUUAUCGUCCGUUUCGGAUAAAAGUGAUUCAUAUUCUAAUGAUGGCAGUCAGCCAGAUUUGACGGAGGAAGUGAAUCGUAAACAAACAACAUCGUCAACAUACGUUGUAGAAGAUUCGAAUGACAUCCCGCCACCACGUUAUCAAAAAGACGGUCGUCUCUCGCCGUAUUAUCAAUCAAAUCCAAACCAAAUGAUGAUCCAUCCAAAGAAUAUGCCGAAUGCAUCACAAAUGAGCUUCUUACCGUCAUCGAAUUUCGAUGAUCAAUUAAUAAAUCAUAAAACUUAUCCGUCAAAGAAUUAUUCACCUGGACCGCCGUUGGAUGGUUCAUAUUAUAGCGCAUGUGAUCGUUAUCUUUCCUAUCCUCCUAUGGAUUAUUCAGUUGCAUCAGCAACGCUGCCUCAUAACAUGUCAACAAAUUUAGACAUGAACCAUCACACGAAUUCGUCACGUAGUAAUACACUGAAUAGACGCAAUAGUAAUUUAAUUGCAAUGAAUCAUAAUAUAAUUCCACCGCCGGAUGUGACGCAUACAACAAAAAUGAUGCCACUAAUGGUUAGCAGUGGAACUGGUACGUUAUAUAGUAGUAAGCCAAACAAUGUGCCAGUAGUAGGCAUCCUUAAAGAUCCAAAGCGACUCCAUCAACAACAAAACCAAUUAAACAAUGUAAAUAAAGAUCUCACGAUGCAAUCGAUACUCAUGCCAAUGCCAUCUCUUGUUAUGUCCGAUGGCACUUUAUCGAAUGCACAUCAGCUCAGCGCCGCUCAACUAAUGAAUAAUUACGAUGCAACGAACAACGCCAAUGUGAAUUUGAAUUUAUCAAAUUUCAAUCAUCAAAUGGGCUUCCCCGAUGGCAGUGUGGAUGGACAUUUAGUGUAAAGUCCAGCAUUUUUUUAAAAAAACAUCAUCAAAAAAAAUCAUCACAGACAUUAAUUACACACAAAAUCUAGUUACAAUAAGUUAUCUUUUUUACAAAGAAUUACUUUCUUUAAUUAUUAUUGACAGAACAUAUACAUAGAUCGACACUACACAUUAUAUUAAGUUCUAGAAACAUUAGCUUUAAGUUUAAUUAACAAAACAAAAAAAAAAUCCGUACAUGAAGAAAUUACAUAGACACAAAGUUGAAACAGACAGACACAAAAAGAUGUCAACAAAUACUCAAAUUUUUUUACGUGCAUCUCAUUAAUUAUGAUGGAUAUAUAAGAAAGUAUAUAUUAAGCGAUUUAAGCGCGAAUUUCCUUAAUUAAUUGUUUUUCUACAAUUUAUCAUUGUUCAGUUUCUAAUUUCUCAAUAUAUACAUUGUUUUUAGUUAAGGAAAAGGAUACUAAAGAUUUAAAUAUUAAUGACAAAGUUCGCCGUCCUGAAGUGGAUUGAAAUCGAGCCGUACUUUAUCAAGUUCUAGGCUAAUUAACGAAUUUCUCAAAACAUUUUUUAAAAGUUAAGGAAUUGUAAGGUUCUCACAAAAUUAUUCAAAUCUAAAUCAUCAGUUAAGUUUUUAAAAUUCAAAAAAAUGGGAUUUGAACCAUACAAAAGUUUCUAGAAAUGAUUCAAAACCUUACAAAUGUUUAAGGUCUAAUCAGAACCAUUCAAAUGUUUUUAAAAUGGUUCAAAAAGUUUCAAUUAAUCAUAAAACCUUACAACAGUUUGAAAUUAUCAAAGUGCAUAAUUUGUACGGUUUUCAAGAUUUUAAAAUCGAAGUCAAUUUGCUUCAACAGCUGAACUUUAAAAAAAUGGUUAAAAGAUUCUUUAUAGUACUGUGAAUAAUUAAAAUUUUAAUUAUUAUAAAUGUAUAAAGAAUCUUUGCACUGAGUUAGAAAAUGAUAAUACCUUAAAGAAAGAUUUAAAAAAAGUAUAUUGAAGGGAAUUUUAAGAGAAAUGUUUAAUUAAUUAACGAAAGAAGAAGAAAAAUGCUAUUAAAUUUAACUAUUAAAAGGUAUUUACAAGAAAAAAAAGUGUAAAAUUGAAGAAAAAAAUGAUAAAUAAAGUCCCAUUGAUCUUAAUUUUUUUAAAAAGUCGAGAUUUAAAAAAAUCCCAUUGAUAAUAAAGUAUAAGGAAGUAAAAUAAAUGAAAAAUCUGAAGAUGUUAAGAGAAUUUUAUUAAGAUUUCACCCUUGAUAAGCGAUUAUUAUUAAAAAAUUUCCUUGUAUAAGCGUACAGAAGAUUAUGAGACAUCCCAGUAAUGUUGAUGAGCUUUAGUCUCCUCCGCAAAGGCUCAUUGGACACUCAAAAAAAAAACAAAGAACUGUAAAUAGUAUAAUUAAACACAUUCAAACUUUGUAUUACAAAAAAAAUCUUUUUCGCUGUAAAUAUUGAAAAACGAAAGAAAAAAAAAAUAUAAAAAACAGCAACAAACAAUAAUUAAAGAAUAAAGAUAAAAAUGACUCAAAAAAA